UAUAUUUCAGCCAUUUCAGAAGAGGAAUUUGUGGAUACAACUGUAAAGCUUACCAAGAAUAUGAUUUUUGAGUGUGAGUAUCCAGGAUUGGACUUCACAAGCCAGGCAGAAUGGUUCAAGAUCACAACAAAAGGGAAAGAUUCCAUGGCUAUUUUCAAUCCUGAACAUGGCGAGAUCAUUAGGAUGGACUAUGUCAAUAGAGUUCAUUUUUUUGACUCUCUCAUGGCUGGGAAUGUUUCCCUUUUCUUCCAUAAUGCCUCAAAAGCUGAUGUUGGACUUUAUUCUUGCAGUCUCCAACUUUUCCCUCUUGGACAUUGGGAAAAGGUGAUAAAGGUAAUCCAGUCAGAUGGUUUUGAAACACGCGUUCCAUCCAAUAGCCACAUGGAAUCGGAACCUGGAAAAAGUGUCAAAUUGGUAUUUCAGACGCAUAUGGCCAGCCCUCUGAAAUACGUGACAUGGGAAAGGAUUCAGCCACAUCAGAUCGACCACUUAGCUUCCUGUAACUUGAACAAAGGGAAAAGUUAUGGCUUUAAGUACCACAGAAAAAUAUUGACAAGCUGCAGCCAAGGGAUGAAAAGCAGCUUUAUUGUCAUUCACAACAUCACUGCCUCUGACUCAGGAUUUUACCAAUGUUGCUUAACCACCAGCACAGGAGAAAAUGAAACAUUUGUGAUGAAAUUGACUGUAACUGAUGGUGAAAAUAAAUAUACUUUAUACUUAGCUGUAUAUGGCAUAAAACCUUAUAAACAAAUGCAGAAAAGCAUGACUCUCAAGUGCAUAUUUUUAAGAAUACUAUACAAUAAAAAACACUUAAUAAAAGAUCAUGGAAACAGAUUAAAAUUCAUUGGAAAGUAA